AUGUCUAAUAUGAACACUAAGUCUUCUACUACCAAGUUAAGAAAUAAUGAAACAUCAAGAGUCCGUACCCAAAAUCGACCAAAUCCUGAUUCUGGCUUGCAAGUAGAUUCCAUAGCAUCUGGCUCUUUACGGAUUUCAAAACCAACAAUAAUUUCUGAACCACGUCGACCAAAAUAUGGAGGUAGAGGAUUAGCCAUUAAACAACUAGCUGAAUCUAUGUCUUCAAAAGACAGUAUGAACAAUUCAAAUUCGAGCUAUUCAAAUUCAAGCAUAGAGCAGCAUUUCAAACAUCUUAAAGAAGAAAAUUUAAAAAAACUCAAUGAAGAAAAUGAAAAGACUUGGGGAAAAUUUAUACAUUCCAAUAAGAAUACAUAA